CUACACCGCCAAGGAUGCCCGAUCCUCGCCUAUAAAUAGCCCGUGUCGCUCUCGCCUCUGUCUCCGCUUCUCGUUCGCUGCUCCGGGGUUAGGAUUUGUCGCUCGAAUCUUUUUGGGGAGGAAGGAACCAUGAUCGUCUACCAGGAUCUGCUCACAGGUGACGAGCUCCUCUCAGACUCAUUCCCCUACAAAGAAAUCGAAAAUGGAAUGCUGUGGGAAGUUGAGGGGAAGGUCAAUUUUUCCAGCUCCUCUCAAUUACCCCUUUUAAGUGUCUUAUUAUUGAUUGAUGAACAGUGGGUUGUUAAAGGAGCUGUAAAUGUAGACAUUGGCGCAAACCCUUCUGCUGAAGGUGGUGAAGAAGAUGAAGGGCUUGAUGAUCGGGCUGAGAAGGUGGUUGAUAUUGUCGACACCUUCCGCCUUCAGGAACAACCUGCCUUCGACAAGAAGCAAUUUGUGACCUUUAUGAAGCGUUAUAUCAAGCAAUUGACACCCAAGCUGGAUGCCGAGAAGCAAGAGCUCUUCAAGAAGCACAUUGAGGGAGCUACCAAGUACUUACUCUCGAAGCUCAGUGACCUACAAUUUUUCGUGGGCGAGAGCAUGCAUGAUGAUAGCAGCAUGGUCUUUGCAUACUACAAGGAGGGUGCCACUGAUCCAACAUUUCUGUACUUUGCUUAUGGAUUGAAGGAGGUCAAGUGCUAAGGAUGAUGAUGCCGCUCGCAAAGGGGAUGCUGUAGUUCAGUCAAAUAGUACUGCCUUUAUCUUUCUGCUAGAAGUCCUAUUAUGUUACGCUGGGUUAAUUGUUCUUUUUUGUCUUUUAAUUUAACCAGUUAAGUAAAUACUUGUUCGAGCUUUGCUUAAGUGUGUUUUAAUGAGUUUGUAAUGAGAUAUUAAGUACUGGGUUAUUGAGGAAUAAACUGUCGCUGGCAGCCAUUGCCACUGGCAAGCACCUGCUGUUGGCCAUCAUCGCCGCCCGCCACCAUUGUUGGCCACCGCUUAGCCAUCAAACAAUCAUCAUUUUCACCAUCAAA